CUUAUGAAAGGGACUGUAAUCAACAGCAUCAAUAGUAUUGAACUGGUGUGAAGUUGUUGCUGUAAGUUUCGACGGAUACUUGCAAGUAUUUCGUAUAUUAUUAUUAUUAAGUUUUCAACAGAAAUCAGGAAGAAACAAAAGCACAAAAAUGAGCAAUUCAACUAUUUCGGAUCAGUCCCUGAUGGACAAGUCGAUGCGAAGUGUUUUUGUCGGGAAUAUCCCGUACGAGGCUACAGAAGAGAAUCUGAAAGAUAUCUUCAGUGAAGUUGGACCGGUGCUAUCCUUCAAAUUAGUCUUUGAUCGUGAGACAGGCAAGCCUAAGGGAUAUGGCUUCUGUGAAUAUAAAGACCAAGAGACAGCUUUGAGUGCUAUGAGAAACUUGAAUGGAUAUGAAAUCGGUGGACGAACAUUACGGGUGGACAAUGCAUGCACUGAAAAAAGUCGCAUGGAGAUGCAAAGUCUUUUACAGGGACAAAAUACAGAGAAUCCAUAUGGAGAAGCUGUACAAUCAGAUAAAGCACCAGAGGCAAUAAGCAAAGCGGUGGCAUCUUUACCACCGGAGCAAAUGUUCGAAUUGAUGAAACAGAUGAAACUCUGCGUGCAGAAUAAUCCAAAUGAAGCACGUCAGAUGCUCCUACAGAAUCCUCAGUUGGCUUAUGCUCUGCUCCAAGCGCAAGUGGUCAUGAGGAUAGUGGAUCCACAUACGGCAGUUAGUAUGUUGCACAAAGCUAAUCCCAUCCCAGGUGUGCUGACACCAUCGGAUAAACCAAUUCCGCAAAUACAACCGCGAAUCGAGGAGCCUUGGGCGCCACGACCUCCGCCACCUGUCAACGCCCCAGCUCCCAUUUUCGCAGGUCAAGACGUAGAUCUUCGACUAGACAGACAAUUAGAUCCACGUGUAGCUAGGAUGGAUCAAGAUUUAAGAGGCUCGCCCCAAACUCAACCUGCACCAGUCAGUGCGCCAUCAGUGAUACCAGCUGCCACCGAUCCAAGAGGGGCAAAUGCAUUUAAUAUCGCAGACAACACUCUUUCCGUGGAAGGAAUCGAGAGCUUUUAUCGUGACCCAAGGUCCGACAGAUUCAACAGAGAUUCACGGGAUCUUAGAGAUUCGAGGAUCCCCAUUGAUCCUAGAAUUACCAAAUCUAAUCCAACUCCUGUCGCACCACCAAUUGUUCCAAGACCGGUUGCUGCACCAACCGUGCCAGCAUCGAGUACCGUAACUAGUAACACAACCGGCUCUGCCGCUGCGCUUUCGCAGCCCACGAGUUCUGCAACCACGAGACUAGUAGCCGGAAUGUCUCCAGCGGGAAAUAUUCCCAGUGGCGCAUCCGAUCAAGAGAAAGCGGCUUUGAUAAUGCAAGUAUUGCAGUUAUCAGAUGAACAGAUUGCAAUGCUUCCACCUGAACAGAGACAAAGUAUUCUAGUACUAAAGGAACAAAUUGCAAAAAGUACACAACGCUAAUACAAGAAACAAUGUCGUAUGGUAACGUAAAAAUCUUUAAAUGUUUUUUUGAAAUUAAAUACAAUAUCAAAAUGUGUGAUGUACAACUACAAUACUACUUCUUUACAAAAUAAAAUUUUGAAAUAGC